UAAGCUGAAUUCGCCGAGCCCACAUCCGGCCAGCCAUUACGAUGUCGCCUUCGACGUCUUCUUCCUGAAGUAUGAAGACCAGGCUACCUUCAAAUCGGAUACUCAUUCCGCUCUAAUGGGGUUUGAUGGCCUGAUGUACGACGCCGUCCUGGAGGUGGACGCUUUUGGCACGGUUCAAGGCCAUGAGACAUCGGCCCUCCCCUUCCCCUCCCAUUGGCCCGGCUCCUAAUCCUCCCGCCACACAGACAACAUGAAAUGAGUACAUGACACUGAACCAGUACCAAGUCAAGACAAACCGAAUUCUGCCAACCCCGAUUCAGGCAUCCGCCCCGGUCACUUUAAUGUCAACUGAAAAUCUAAUGAAAGCGAGAAAGCAGAAGCCAAGCCCAUAUCCAACCUAUCGCCUAGACGUGCGAGGGCUAUUCCCUCAGAGAUCGUUGGCACGAGCACACCUAAGUCCAGGAAUCGAACAACCAUCAUGGACACGGCUCCCAAUGCCAUCUUUGACAGUUGUAUUGAACUACAGCACUCUUUCGACACAACUGAGGGCCAGUUUGUCCGAUGUCAUGAAUGCUGACGAGGCAGAGCGGGGCCGGUUCCACAAACAUGUCAUUCACACACUUCAAGAGAUGGUAUGUGUAGCAACAGACGCAGCCAGAUGCGCUCAGCAGGCGAUUGUGGCGCACAUCGGUGCUGUCACGGCAGCCCGCCCUGGUCUGACACGAGCACACAUCGACUACAGGAGGGAUCAACUUAUCCAGCUUAGCACCUUCCGCGACAAUACCUUUUUUCAAAGCAUCCUCAGCGACAUCAUGACCAUUCGCGACCAAGGGCGCACAGCAGUAGGAAGACCACGAGAGGAUUGCUAUAGUAGCAGCCAGACACAUCCGCCCCUUUAGAGCCUCUUGCAAACAAGAGUCCGAUAUAGAGAAUAAUAUAUGAUGCUCUCGUCGCUUCUACCAAUGAUUGGGACAGUUAACUCUUCCUUUUCGACGUAUC